AUGGAGCGGCUAAGCUUUGCCUCGGUGACCCAUGUUGACCGGGAGAGGUUGGCCGGCAGCAGAGGAAGGGAAUUUUCUCUCGCGUCUUCCGUCGCAAACAUUCUGGCGCCUCCAAGCGCCCUUGUGGAGGCGGCGGUGCUUCCUUGCGACACCUUUGACGUUUUCUUCCCUCGGCAUGCGCACUUAACCGUAUCGUCUGAUGUUGUAGCUGGCUCGCCAGAGAACAUCAGCGCAAGAGAGCUCUCGGCUGAACAUGUUGUCAGUGAAGGGGUAUGCAAACCAGAGGGUGUGUCAGACGCUGGUGUCCAUCGGUGUUCUCAAGAGAAGGCGAUUCAGUCGAAUCUAGAAGAGAAUCUCAGAGGCGAGCUUAUUCGUGUCCCCUCUGAAGAAAACGGGAACCAAAAUCCCGGAAAGGAAUGGACUGGAGUCAGUUUUGACGACGCGGGAAACUCUCUGGCAAUUUGCCAGUGCAAAGAAAGGUGGUUUUACACAAUUGCUUUAUCCGAGCUCGCCCGUUUAUCACGUGACAAACGUAUCUCUCGCACAGAUUCGAGAAAAAUCGCGGAAAGGGGUUGGGUUGGGUGGGCUCGCUUGGCGCUGCUCAUGAAUGGAAGCUCUCCCUUCGCUCUAACGCUUGCCGAGCAGCGCGUACAGCAGCUCGGAGAGGAGGCACAACGGCUUAUUUCUGAUCUGUCGAGCUGUCCUACCGGCAGCCGUAGGCCGUUCUGUGACCGAGCGGAAAACAGUGAGAACGAGGGCCGUAGAGGUGGGGAGGCAACAGGAACUGAAGAAGACGAAGACGUCGUGUGCCAAAAGGGAACGAGUCAUCUCUUGAAAACGGUGAAAGGAGAGGGAGACGAUGGGACACAAAGAAGAUGGAUAAAUGCAAAGGCACACGAAGGUUCGUCUCCAGAAGGACAGAGUGGUGUUCAUUUUCCGGAUCUGCGUAUCAGCGGACACCAAGAAGACGGAAGCAAGAAAACGGAGAGUUCUAAAACUCUCUUUUUUCAGGUAUGGGAGGAACUAAAAGAAGAACUUGCGUCGGUGAAACUUCUGCUCGAGCUUCAUCCGAAAUGUGGUGACCUGUGGGCGUACCGCCGCUUCGUGUGCCGGACGAGCCUUCGCCCUCUGUUGUGUCUCGCUCGUCAGAGGAAACAUGCUUCUGAAUCUUGUUCGCAUGUAGGAGAAUUCCAAAUAUGCCCGAAAGAACUCGCUGGUGCGCUCUCCAAGGCCGCACCUGGCAAGAGCGAUGCGUGCAGUCACGCGGUGGAACCAGUGGACACUCCCACUGCACGAAAAUCGAAUGUCCAUGACCCAGGAGAUUCCGAGUUUCAGCGAGUUUUGGAGCGUGCGUCCAUCCCUGAAGGGGACGAUAAGAGGACCUGUGCACCAGAGUUCCUGCAGAGACGCGUGGACGCGGCUGAAGACCACGAUUCGGUGCGGUGGCUGACAGCAGAGCUGUCUGGGUUUCUAGACACUGAGCUUGCUCUGGUGGCAGAGCAUGCUGCACAGCGGCCUCACAGCUAUCAGGCUUGGGAGCACUUCGCGAAAAUAGAACAGGAGAUGAAGGCAUUGCAUGGCCAUCUUCAUGUUCGCAGUCUGCACGUAGACCAACCCUCGGCUGACAACACUCCGGCGGCGCAAGCAAGCGGAAGAAAGGAAACCAUACAUAUAGGCGGAGCUAAGGACAACGCGGUGCUUGAAGCUUUACGAGAUCUAACCAUGCAGCGGCUUAGGUCCUUUGUGGAGUGCCAGUGCGGCCUUCUAGCGCAUUCGCAUGCUCCAUUUCACCAUAUCUCAAAGCUCUUUGAGGAAUCUCUGUGCUCCAUCCUCUUGCCGUCCGGGGCGUCGGAGUUGCUGCAGGCCGAGGAGCCUGCGUCUGUUUUUGCCUCUUGCGAAACGGCCGAUCCCCCUGCAAGCGACUUUCCUACGACGCCCGCAGGUCCAAUGCGAGCGGCUCAUAAUUUGCUCACCGAGGCCCUCAAGUUUAAUGCCGAAGUUCUCCAUCUAUUCCCUCACUUGGAGGCUCCGUGGUGUGGACGAGCGGAACUUUUUAUCGCUUACGUCCGACGAUGCUCAGCGUAUGCGAAUCGGUGUUCUUUAGGCACUAAGGCGCAAGCGCAUGCGACGGAAUGCGACUCCGGCCAUCCCAUGGGGCCGGCAACAACCAAGGAUGCACCAACAGAUCAGACAGUCGCAAAUGCUCUGGCUAACUCCGCGGAGAAGCCGGUUGGCCUUGCGGUCGCUGCAAGGUUGUCCGGCAAUGCGUUUGCCGAUGACACGGCCCAGCCAUGUCGAGGAGGUGCGGCCAACCUGUGCUUCGCAGAGUUCAGCAGAUUCACAAAAUAUUUUCAAGCCCUGUGGAGGGAUGAAUUUAUCUGGGGCCUUUCUCUUCUGCAGCAUGUUGGGCAACAGGAACGGGACAGUGUGGGCGGCACAAAAAGAAGCUGUAUGGUCUCUCGAUGGCAAGAGCGUCAUCGAUUCCGCCUCUCUCAAGAGUUGCGAAGGGCUGGCAUCCGUGUGCCUGUAUUUGAUAGCUGCAUGCGUUCAGAAACUCCAACUUACGAACCGGACUAA